AUGAGUAGCAGUAAACGUAUUUAUCCGAGCGGUGCAAAGAAAAGAAAACUAAAGAGUGAAAUAGAAGCAUCUAUCAAAAAACUAAAUCCAAUAACAUCUUUUUUGAAACCAUACUCAAAUGAAAUUGAAAGUCAAAUUGAAAAUGAUACUCAUACUAAUAAUCUUCAAGAUACUUCAAAUUCUAUCAAAAAUAAUAAUUUAGUCACUGAAGAAUCGAUAGAAGUUUCCAGCACUGUGGCCAGUGGCUCAGAUAUUGCAAGCAAUAAUUAUGAAAAUAUAUCUAUAAUCAAUAAUGAAGAGAAUAAAUUUCAUGUCCCUAACCUCCCAUGGGUAAUUGAUUUGUUGUCGAAGCCGAAUCCAACAGACAAAGGACAUUUUCCUGAAAUUUUAACUGCAGAUCAUAAAAAGUUUGUGAUUUCUAACGGUUCAUGUCGACCUGCAGGGCCUUUUCCUAAGAAUAAGGAAACAAAUUCGCAUUUUUCAUCGUAUUUUUACGAAAUGACCAAUAAAGCUGGAGUUAAAAUUCCUAGAACUUGGUUAUGUUACUCGAUGAUUCUUGAUUGUGCUUAUUGUGAAGCAUGCUGGUUGUUUGCAGAUAGAGGACAACCCAAUUUUCAAUUGACUUGGAUCGAUGGAGUGAGUAACUGGACGAAAUUAAGCAAUAAAAUCAAAUUACACGAAAGCUCAAAGAUUCAUUUUGAUGCAUGUAUUCUGUUUGAAUUAUGGCGAGACAAAAAGAAUAUUAAUAAUUAUCUUGAAGAACAAACAUUAAAAGAAAAUAACUUUUGGAGAAAUGUUUUACACAGGAUUAUAAAUGUAAUUUUAACAUUAUCAACUUGUAACCUUCCUUUUAGAGGCCAUCGAGAAUGUAUAGGAGACAUAGGUCACAACGGUAUCUUUUUAUCAAUAGUGGAAAUGCUUGCAAUUUAUGAUCCAGUUUUAAAAGAACUCAUUUUGAAACCUGAGAACUCGACACGAUACUUGAGUCCACAAAUUCAUAAUGAGUUAAUUGAUUUGUUAUCUAAAACUGUUAAAAAUAAAAUCACUAAUGCCAUUAAAGAAGCACCUUUCUUUUCUAUAAUAAUGGACACAACACAAGACAUCACUAAAGUUGAUCAACUUAGUCAAAUAUUCCGCUACGUACAAAUUGAGAAAGAUCAAACAGGAAAACCAAAGAAGAUUAAUGUCAUAGAAUCGUUUCUGGGUUUUGAAAAAGUGGAUGAUCAAACUGCUGCUGGAUUAGUAUCUAAAAUUAUUACUGGAAUAGAAGCAAAAGGGAUAAAUAUUCAUAAAUGUCGUGGACAAGGAUAUGAUGGUGCGCGAGUUAUGAGUGGGAUUUAUACUGGAGUUCAAAAGAGAAUUCUCGAAAAACAAGAUAACGCUACUUAUGUACACUGCUGUGCUCAUAACUUAAAUUUAGUCCUUAACGAUUCAGUUGAAGGAAUAUCAGAAGUCCGAAACUUUUAUAAUUGGAUUGAGUCCAUAUAUGUCUUCUUUGCUAAUAGUAUCAAAAGGUGGGACUUAUUAUCAUCCUUCUUACAGAAAAAUGAAAAGCAUUCUGCAUUAAAACUUAAACGUCUUUGUCCAACUCGGUGGUCUUCAAGGGAUAAUGCAUUACAAGCUAUUGCUUUUCGAUAUAACGACAUUGUGCAAGCUUUAUCAAAAAUUAUUUUGAUCAGUAAAUCUACGGAAGAACGAAACAGAGCACAGAGUUUGAAAAAAGAAAUGGAGAAAUUUGAAUUUGUUUUUCAAGUGAUUCUGCAUUCCAAAAUAUUGACAACAACAAAUGCGGUUUCGAAAACUCUUUAA